UUGGACAUCUUUUCAUCAGAGAGAUUCUUCAGCGAGACACCACACCUCGACACAUUUACGUACACUCCUCACCUGACAAGUCUUGUUAUACUGAGCAGCAAUAUCUCAGAUCUUAAACCCGAGUUGUUUCAGCCAAUCCCACACCUGAGGUUUCUCGACCUUUCCAAAAACAAGCUCAGAUCUUUGGAUUUUCUAGCCCAAGGGAACCUCUCUGUGCUCACAUGGUUGAGAUUGAGAGACAAUGACUUGACAGUAAUCAAUGCGACGGUCUUCCAGUCUCUUCCUGCACUAACAUACCUGGACCUGGCCGGUAACCCUUUCACCUGUGACUGCUCUAACACCGGCUUUAUCCAGUGGGUGAAGAACAACAGCCAAACACAGGUUGUUAACGCCUACCAGUACGACUGCUUCUUUCCUCCGAGUAAACAGGGAAGCAAGUUGCUGGACUUUGACGUCCAGUCCUGCUGGAUGGACGUUAGCUUCCUC